AUGACAGAGGUUCACACAUCAGACUCAAGCACCCAGAACUCCACUCCUGACAUGGCACUGACCCCUGAGAGCACUAAGGACAUGAUCGCUACUGAUGAGGAUGUGAAGGAUGACUCUGCUGAAGAUUUGAUCUCCACCCUAACAGACACCUCUAUGGAGAAAUCCGUCAGUGAGACCAGCCUGAAAGCCCUCAUCGCUGAGGAUGAGGAAGAUAACAAUGAGAUGAAGGAUAUGGCUGCCUCCGCUAGCCCUGCUACUGAUAAUGCCAAUGAGGAUGCAAAGCUACUGGAGCUUGCAGCACUUUAUGACUACAUGUUGACAGUGGAGACCGAGCUGUAG